AUGGCGGCCGCAGCCACAACGCUCUAUCUACUUCCUUCCCUCAGCCGCCCUUCGCCCGCGUCUUGUUCUACUGCUUCUUCUUCGCCAUUCCUUGUGCAUUUAUCGUCUCGCAAUAGCUUCGGUUCCGCAACUUUGAAUUGCUCAUUCCCUCGUGCUCUCAAGUUCAAGCGCGAAAAGGCUCCUUCCCAUCGUUACGGCCCAGUGGUUCGUGCAGCUUCUGGCGAUUACUAUUCCACUCUCGGCGUUCCCAAGUCCGCUUCGAUUAAAGAUAUCAAAGCAGCAUAUAGGAAAUUAGCUCGCCAGUAUCAUCCUGAUGUUAACAAGGAGCCAGGGGCAACUGAGAAAUUUAAGGAGAUUAGUGCAGCAUAUGAGGUGCUAUCAGAUGAUAAAAUGAGGGCCAGAUAUGAUCAGUUUGGUGAAGCUGGAGUGAAGAGUACAGUUGGUGGCCAGUCAGAUGCAUAUACGGUUAAUCCUUUUGAUCUCUUUGAGACGUUCUUUGGGCCGAAUAUGGGUGGCUUUUCUAGUAUGGACCAAACCGGCUUCAGGACAAAACGUCGCAGUACAGUAAUUAAGGGUGAAGAUAUAAGGUAUGACAUUGCUUUAGAAUUUUCCGAGGCUAUCUUUGGAGCUGAGAAAGAAUUUGAGCUAUCUCAUCUGGAAACAUGUGAAGCUUGUACUGGCACAGGAGCCAAAGUAGGGUCCAAGAUGAGGGUCUGCUCAACUUGUGGUGGAAGAGGUCAAGUUAUGAAAACUGAACAAACCCCCUUUGGCAUGUUCUCACAGGUUUCUGUCUGUCCUAACUGUGGUGGGGAAGGUGAGGUCAUCUCUGAAUAUUGUCGAAAAUGCUCCGGAGAAGGGCGUAUACGUACUAAGAAAGGUAUCAAGGUUAAAGUACCUCCUGGAGUUGCCUCGGGUAGUAUUCUCAGAGUUGUUGGAGAAGGAGAUGCUGGACCUAGAGGUGGCCCCCCAGGAGAUCUAUAUGUAUAUCUCAAUGUUGAAGAGAUAACUGGAAUUCAAAGAGAUGGCAUAACUCUGAGAUCAACUAUAUCUAUCAGCUAUGUUGAUGCGAUUCUUGGAACUGUUGUCAAGGUGAAUACAGUGGAUGGAGAAAGUGAAUUGAAAAUUCCUGCUGGUACUCAACCUGGGGAUGUAUUAGUCCUGUCCAAGAAAGGUGCACCAAAAUUGAAUAAACCAUCUAUACGUGGCGAUCACUUGUUUACAGUUAAAGUCACCAUACCAAAAAGAAUAAGUGGGCAAGAGCGUGAAUUACUUGAGGAACUAGCUUCUCUGAGCAAUACUAGUGCAGCUAGAUCAUCAACCAGGCCCAAACCUCAGAUUUCCAAAAAUGACGACGGAACAGUGGCAGGAACAACUGAGGAAGGAGGAGAGCAAAGUGACGUUUGGAAGCAGUUAAAAGAUUUAGCAGGGGCUGCUGUCAAUGGCGCUAUGAAAUGGCUGAAGGACAACCUGUAG